AUGGCUCUCCCUCCCCACCUGGUAGUAAAUCAGCCACUCCCUCACCUUCUAGCUCCACCCAAGAGGAGGACACUGAUUCUCACUAUAAGGGUGCUGGAGAAAAAAGACCUUCCACCGAUCUUGGUAAAAAAACCCAAGAACCAGAAGAAGAAGAAGAAAAAGGACCCCAAUGAGCCCCAGAAACCUGUCUCUGCUUAUGCCCUAUUUUUUAGGGAUACUCAAGCAGCCAUCAAAGGACAGAACCCUAAUGCCACCUUUGGCGAUGUGUCCAAGAUUGUUGCAUCAAUGUGGGACAGCCUGGGGGAAGAACAAAAACAGGCCUACAAGAGGAAGACUGAAGCAGCAAAGAAAGAGUAUUUAAAGGCCCUUGCAGCCUACAGGGCAAGCCUGGUUUCCAAGAGCUACACUGACCAAGGAGAAGCCAAGAAUUCUCAACCCAAUCAGCCCUCCAAAAUGAUUCUCCCAAAACAAUCCAUGUAUAACCUGCCCCCACAGCCCUCUUCCGCCUACCCUGAAUUGCCAAGUUAUCGUGGCCACCCUCACCCCAGCCUUUCCCGAACCCUCAAUGCCAAAUCAAUGUUGCCCAGCCUUAGUGCCUCUCCUCCGCCCCCUUUCCAGAUUAGUCCUCCCCUCCACCAGCACUUGCGCCACCCUCCCAGCUCUCUCCUCAAUCAGUCUCUGAAUAUGCAGCAAGUACCACAACCUUCCAUCCUCCCCCCCUCCAUUGGACUACAGUCACCGAUGAGCUCAUCUCCCACAGGUCAACAGGUGAGACUAAAGAGGUUUAUGCUUAUUCAUUUUGACUAG